UUUAGAGAAGAGUCUGCAGCGAAGGCAAACCUAUAUAGCCUAACUUGUUAGGGGAGAUUACUGCUGGCGGGAUAUUAUUUAAAUCGAUUAGACUAGAAGAAAAAUCAAGCGACGCGAUAUGAUAACAGAUGAUAGUUCGGGAUCCAGUAUGAUGAGUCCAAUCAGCCAACCGGGCGCUCCGUCCGCUCCCCCUGCCCCUAAACAGGAGUCAAAGCCGCCAACUGUGCCACUGGUGGACUUUGUGCAACAGCUGGAUGACUACACGCCCACCAUUCCUGACUCCGUGACAGCCCAUUAUCUCAGCAGAGCCGGAUUUGAGCCAACAGACCCACGCAUUAUUCGACUGGUGUCUCUGGCUGCCCAGAAGUUUGUAUCAGACGUGGCGAACGACGCCCUUCAGCACUGCAAGAUGAAGGGCGGGGCCAUUAAAAACAAGGGAAAGGACAAAAAGCUUGUGUUGACAAUGGAUGACCUGACGCCUGCCCUUGCUGAGUACGGGAUCAACGUAAAGAAGCCGCUAUACUUCUCAUGAGUUUGCGAUCAUCGGAUCACAUAAAGAAUAAAGAAUAGUUUGUUUUUGGCGUUUGGUUUGUGGCUUUGGACUAACUGUUAAAAAGUUUUCAACUUGAAUAAGUCGCUAUAUUUCUCACGAGUCUACGAUCGUCUGGAAACAAUAAAGAAUAAAGAAUGUUUUUUGUGGCAAUGGAUUUAUUGUCGAAGGUUUGACUUUUAAACUGACGCGGAUUAGAUUCUUUGUAUUGUCUAAUGCACUGAUAACUUGGAAGUUUGUUUAAACGGAAUACUAUAAAACAUUUAGGUAACAUUACAUUUGAUAUUGUUAUUUUUACCAAAUACACACUUGGAUGCGUUGUUUUUUCUUGUGUUUUAUAGACAAAUAUGUACCCUGUCAAGUAAUGCAUUUGCCUUUUUGAAAAUUUUCUUUAAUAAAUCAAUCUACCUGACUGCAAACAAA